GUGCAAGUUUUCGAAAAGCUAGGCUCGGGCGGUCAUUCGACCGUGUACAGCGCGAAGUGGAACGAACGGCAGGUGGCGCUGAAAAUCAUGCACGACGAGAGCGAUCGAAUGACGCUGCAAAGCGAGAUCGAGAUCAUGCGCGCCGUGAACCAUCCAUCGAUCGUCAAAAUUUACGGCGCGUGCUCGUCACCGAUGUGUCUGAUGUUACAAAUCGUUCAUGGGGGGAGUCUUCACGAGGUAUUGCACUGCUCUACCGCCGCCGAAGCGCCUCUGGCGGAGACGCAAACGCUUCGCAUCGCUCGAGACAUCUCGAGCGCGAUGACGUACCUACACGAACUCAAUCCAAAAAUCAUCCAUCGAGAUCUAAAGCCUCAGAAUGUUUUGAUCGAGCAAGACACGCUUCGCGCGUUGCUCUCAGACUUUGGCGUAUCGCGCGCCGUGCGCACAAGCUUGUCGCCGAGUUCGCUCGGCGCGGGAACGGUCAACUACAUGGCGCCCGAACUCUUCGACGACGGUCGCGCGGAUGAAAAAGUGGACGUAUAUUCGUUUGCGAUGAUUCUUUGCGAAACGCUCAGCGGUAAGCAGCCCUGGAAAGGGAUUCAACCGGUGCGAAUCGCUUCGACGAUCCUCGGCGACUCGGAGGCGACGUCUCGACCACCGUUGCCGCCAAACGUCUCCGAAUUCACGACCGAGCUCAUCCGCGCGUGCUGGCACCGCGACUCCGAGCGUCGACCGGCGUUCCGCGAAAUUCUCACCGCGCUCGAUCGACACAUCUCGGACGCGUGA